AGCGUGCCCGAGACAAGGCGAGAGUGUGAGUAGUUGCAACAGAGACGAACAGGGAAAUGAAGUUGUCAGACGGGCCAGCCCAGAGACUCGCUCCUCACAGCUAGGCGGCUACAGCAAGUUGGGGUGACAGUUGGUCACGAGCGGAGGAGGUUUUUCAUGAGACAUCACCGGUCAUGGAGGGCGUCCGUCUGAGCAACUUGUAGCCUCGAACCAAGCACGGGUUCGAUAGCUGCGGCUCGAGGUAACGCCGCGGCCGGUCCGAAGUAACGCCGCAGUGGGGGGAAAGAAAGUGGAGACAACUCGCUAGCCCGCUAGCUAACCUUUAGCCGCCGAGCCUCCUUCAGCUUCAACGCCAGAGUUCACUCGAGAUUCGGGCUCGGCUCACCUCCUCGUCGGCCAUGCCGUUCCCCUUCGGAAAGUCCCAGAAGAGUCCGGCCGAGAUCGUGAGGAGUUUGAAGGAGAAUGUGGCAUACAUGGAAAAGCUGGAUCCCGGAGACAGCAAGAAGUGCGAGAAGAUCGCAGAGGAGGUGUCCAAACAUCUGGCCUCGCUGAAGGAGGUCCUCUGUGGAACAGGUGACAAGGAGCCGCAAACUGAAGCAGUGGCUCAGCUCGCUCAAGAGCUGUACAAUACCAACCUCCUCAUUGCACUCAUCGCAAACCUGCAUAGGAUUGAUUUUGAGGGGAAGAAGGAUGUGGUUUAUUUGUUCAGCAAUAUUGUCAGACGUCAGAUUGGCACUCGCACACCCACAGUAGAGUACAUCUCCACACACCCACAGAUCCUCUUCAUGCUCCUGAAAGGAUACGACAGCGCAGAAGUGGCUCUGAACUGUGGGAUGAUGCUGCGGGAGUGCCUGCGUCACGAGCCCUUGGCACGGACGGUGCUCUUCUCUGAAGAGCUUUUCUGCUUCUUCCGCUAUGUGGAGCUCUCGACCUUUGACAUCGCCUCAGACGCCUUUGCCUCGUUCAAGGAUCUCCUCACAAGACACAAGAUUAUGUGUGCAGAUUUCCUGGAGAACAAUUACGACAGGGUAUUUACAGAGUACGAGAAGCUCCUGCAUUCCGAAAACUAUGUCACCAAACGACAGUCUUUGAAGCUUCUUGGGGAACUUCUCUUGGAUAGACACAACUUCACUGUCAUGACAAAGUACAUCAGUCGGGCAGACAACUUGAAGCUGAUGAUGAACCUGUUAAGAGACAACAGCCGAAACAUCCAGUUCGAAGCGUUUCACGUCUUCAAGGUAUUUGUUGCAAAUCCCAACAAGACUCAGCCUGUCCUGGACAUACUGCUGAAAAACCAGACCAAACUGGUGGACUUCCUGAGCCACUUCCAGACGGACAGAUCUGAGGAUGAGCAGUUCUGCGACGAGAAGAACUAUCUGAUCAAGCAGAUCCGGGACCUGAAGAGGCCCACAGCACCGGAGGAAGCUUAAAAAGCCACGGCAGGCGACUUACUCCAUCAGGUGGUAGAUUUUAGAGGUAGUGGCGGGAGCUGCAGAGGGCCGAGUGAGAGUCUGAGAGACGUGCUUCGUUAAGAUUUAAUAUUAACUACAAAAUAUAGGAAAAAAAAGUCAAAGAUUACUUCCUUCACUUUUCUGUUUUUAGUGUGGCUAUGGAGGCGAUUUCCAUCCAGAAACCUGAGUGGGCCAAGAACUCUUAUUUAAACCAUAGUGUUUCCUCUUUAGUUAUGAUUAAAUGCAUUUGGUCCAUUCCAGUGAUGUUGGACCUUAAACUGUUACCUUUCCACAUACGUUGUUGCUGGCAGAGACCAUAGAACGACAGAAACUUCUCCCCCCACGCACAGCCAACAUGAGCCCCGAGGUCUUUCUUCAAAGGCUCUUUUUUCUCUCUCUCUUCAGAAACUAUAUUUUAGAGAUUGACGUAAACAUAUUAUUUUUCUAAUGUAUCUUCAUGGUAAACAGUUUUAAAAAAACUUAGAGUAACUCUUCUCUCUUGAUCAUUGCUUUGGCUAACUAAUCACAUUGGUUUGGUUUAUUGCCUUAUUGUAAGCUGUUGUGUUGUACAGGGACUUGAAUGAUCUGAUAUGGCCUUGACACGUGCAUCAUAUUGGCCCGGUCAGCACGCAAACAGUCAUUUUCGGGGAGCACCGCGCAGCUCUCUGGCUUUUGGUAGCAUGUGUGAGGAUGCGAAAAGUUUGAAAUGAUGAUGAUGCUGCUGUGCUGCACUCACCAAUGCGUCAGCUGGCACAGGAAGAGAAAAUCAAAACCAGAGAGGAAUCAAUUUAUCGCGCUGCGUUCACCGAGGCUUACGUGACUGAAAUAGAAGCACAGCGUCAGAUAAUGCUGCAGGGUAGCGGCCAUCCGUUCAGUGCGGACAUGGACAUCCAGGAUAUACACAUUGAUCUGACUCGGAGCUCUCCAUCUUGUCUGCACAUACCGAGCAAUAAUUCAUUUGAUGGAAUGAUGUAACAUAGACAUUUUCCAUUACAGCAUAAGAACUGCAUAAAAGAAAAGAAAAUUGCAGUUUGCACUGAGGUGUUGCGCAAGGAUGCAUCAUAAGUAUGUUACACUGCAAAUUUAUUAAAUUCACAUUGGAGCAUGAGAUGUUAUUUAAAAAUUAGUUGACACGUUGGCCUGUGAGACUUGUCAAGUCAAAGUUUAUUUAUAUGGCACAUUUAAAACGACCUCGGUUGACCAAAGUGCUGUACAGGCUCAAAGCACAAUAUAAAAACAACAUGAAAAAUAAAGACACAACUAACUUUGGUUGGAGUUCCUUUUUCUCGAAUGAUGAAUUCUUACACAUUUUUCUUUGACUUGAGAAAUGAGCACUCACGUUUUUUUUUUGUUAUUGAACUGAAAUAUUUGGCUACAACUAAUGAAUUUAACCAUAAUCUGUCAGUUUAACGACAAAGAGCACAAAAAGAGAAGAGGGUGACAGACGCUGAAACACCCACACAAGAUUUUGAUUAUCAUGCUCUUUUCUGAUAUGAUGGUAAUAAUACAUUCUUACACCGUAACAUAACUGUGAUGCAUCAGAAAUCACUUCUGUCAUCGCCACGUUGUCAAAGCAACCAAGUGCACUGUUAAAACAUGAAUGCGUUUGUUUGAGACGAUGAGCACUUAGUUCCUCACACGCGUCACUGAUCAGUUCAACAUUUUCGAGAGACUUCUGUAGAUAUAGUUGCCUUACUUCUGCCAUUGUCACUAAAAUGGCAUCUUUAGGGAUUUGGAGAUGUUUGUCCGUGCACACAUUUUUUUUUCUUCUAGUACAUACCUCAUGGGAUUUGAGUUUGCAAACGUGCGUUCUCUGUUCUUUCCUUCUUAGACGUGAUAUUUUAGUUGACAUUUUAAAAUAACACAACAGUGGUUUGAAUGCAUGCCUAAACCUGAUAUAUGUGUGUUUAAACUUGAACAGGGACUGCAACCUGGUUUUCACAAUGGAAAACUAGACUUUUUAAACUUAUUAAAUAUUUCAUCGGGUGGCGCCACACAAAAACGUUAAUUCAUAAUGAAUUGCAGCGUGGUACCUUGUAAUGAAUGUUGCCUUAUUUAAAGACAUUUAAUGGAUGAUCGUGCAGAUCAUGUAAAAAAAAAAAUCCAGACCUCUUAAUUUGUUUUCAAACCAAAGUCAACAUAAAAAAAGAGUACAUUUCAUGUCCCAGAUGCAUCAACAGUUCAUUGCUCAGAUCCACAUCUAGUGCAGUGUAGGUUUAUCACUAACCACGUUACACUCUUAAUACGAUCCCGUGUGUGGAAAAAACUGUUUUCAUAAAGUUUCACUUUUUCUGUUGUGGUUAACUGGCUUUUUAAAAACAUCACUAUCUGGUACACUGCACCAGAGAGUCAGAGUCGGUCCUUUCAAGAUCCAUGAGAUAAUGAGAGAAAUCUGAUAUGAAUGUGGUACAUCAUGCACAAAUACACAGACUGAAGUCCUGUGCAUGGUGCACGGUCACAUCACCCGUUUAUGAAAGAAAGUUUGUCCGACGGUAUGUUUGUGUUUCACAAAAUAUCCUGGUGGUGAUCAACUUUUCAACUCCCCGCUGACAAACUGUAGUUACAAGAACAGGCUUAUUAUCCUGCGGACUAAUAUCCGAGGUUUACAGACUGUUGUUUUGCAUAAUGAUGUUGGUUUCAGCCCAGAUACUCCAAACACAUCUCCACACAGUGUAGUUGUGCGGUGAGGUCAAACUUCCUUGAAAUGUGAGUUGAGGUGAUGUGCACCAUGUGAAGGACGUGCUGUACGCAGACUCCCCACCAGAGGGAGCGGUUGGCAACAAUUGGCACCUUGUAUUAAUUGUACAAAGCAUUUCAUGCUUCUAUAACCCUACCUCCUAAUUAUAGAAAUCACUGACAAUACUAUAUAAACAUCAACACAACCCCCCCAAGAUCAAUAUUACACAUUUCAUGAUUUCAAAUUUCUCGCGUUUAAAUAUUUGUUGUGCUAUAUUAUAUUAUUUGAACCUAUUGCCUUAUUUGUUUCCCCCCUGUCUUUUUUUCACACUCUAGAUCUAUUAUCUUUAUUUACCAUGGGAGUGAAUUAUGUGUACAUAACUUUAUAAAGGGUAAAAUUGUGAAAGCAUUCAUGACAAUAAAACUUUAUGGCAAAUUGA